AUGGUUGUUGAUUUAGGGUAUCGGAUAAAGCAUGAAUACGAGCGACUGAAAAAGCCGUCGUAUUUAUUAACGUUGCUCGAUAGUUACUCGCCGCAAGACGUUGUUAAUCAAAUUAAAAGCUUAUAUUUACCGAACCAAAAUGAAAAUGAUCAGCAAAAUAAUGAGAAACGAAAACCUUUGUCACAGUCUGAAUUAGCUGAUCAAUUGUUAAAUGAACAUAGAGUUAAGCUCGAUGAUUUUACAGCAAAUUGCGCAACAUUGAAAAAAGCCAUUAAAUCAGCUGCUGGUAUAAAAAUGUUAGGAAAAAAAAAGCCAACUGAAUGGGAUAGAAAGAAUAAGAAAGUCUCCGUUGUUAAAAAGAAAACGAUUAAACCGUGUGAUGGAAAAGUACGUCUUGAAACUCUUGUAGAAGAAAAACAUUAA